AGACGAGUGUACAGAACAACCACACAUGUGCCACAGGAGCUGGGACAGAUCAUGGACUCAGAAACAUUUGAGAAGUCUCGUCUGUAUCAGCUGGACAAAAGUACCUUCAGCUUUUGGUCAGGACUAUAUUCAGAGGUUGAGGGCACUAUGAUUCUCCUCUGUGGAGGAAUUCCUUUCCUCUGGAAUCUGUCUGGUCAGAUCUCUGGUCAGGCUGGGUUCGGACCAGAAUAUGAGAUUGUUCAGUCAUUGGUAUUUCUGCUGCUUGCAACACUCUUCAGUGCAGUGACUGGUCUCCCAUGGAGCUUAUAUAACACAUUUGUCAUAGAAGAGAAACAUGGCUUCAAUCAACAGACACUGGGAUUUUUUUUUAAGGAUGCUAUCAAGAAGUUUGUCGUGACUCAAUGUAUUCUGUUGCCAGUGACAUCCCUUCUGCUUUACAUUAUUAAAAUAGGUGGAGACUACUUCUUCAUCUAUGCCUGGCUCUUCACAUUAGUUGUUUCCUUGGUGCUUGUUACAAUCUAUGCAGACUAUAUUGCACCUUUGUUUGAUAAAUUCAUUCCACUUCCCGAAGGAGAGCUCAAGCAGCAAAUUGAAACAAUGGCAAAGAGCAUCGACUUCCCACUGACCAAGGUGUAUGUUGUUGAAGGUUCCAAACGUUCUUCCCAUAGCAAUGCUUAUUUCUAUGGAUUCUUCAAGAACAAGCGGAUAGUGCUCUUUGACACCCUCCUGGAGGAUUAUUCUGCAUUGAACAAAGAACCAGCAGAAGGAGAAGAUGGUGAGAAUGAAGAGACAAAGUCUAAAACCAAAAACAAGAAACAAGGGUGUAAAAAUGAAGAAGUUCUGGCUGUACUUGGUCAUGAAUUGGGUCACUGGAAGCUAGGUCACACUGUCAAAAAUAUUAUUAUCAGCCAGAUGAAUUCUUUCCUCUGCUUCUUCCUGUUUGCUGUGCUAAUUGGCCGGAAAGAGCUCUUUGCUGCGUUUGGUUUCUAUGACACCCAGCCUACCCUGAUAGGCCUGAUGAUUAUUUUCCAGUUCAUCUUUUCACCUUACAAUGAGGUUCUCUCCUUCUGUCUGACUGUGCUAAGCCGACGAUUUGAGUUUCAAGCAGAUGCAUUUGCCAAGCAACUUGGAAAGGCUAAAGACCUGUAUUCUGCUUUGAUCAAGCUUAACAAAGAUAAUUUAGGAUUCCCUGUUUCUGACUGGAUCUUUUCAAUGUGGCAUUAUUCCCAUCCACCCCUUUUAGAAAGACUUCAGGCCUUGAAAGAUUCAAAGCAGGAGUGAGAGGAAUUGUUGCCGGUUCAGAGACAGUGCGUCUAUCUCAGAAGCAAAGUUCAGAGCUGCUUUUUCAUUUUUUUAAAAGAUGGAUAAUGCCAGUUCAGUGCACUGUUAACAGCACCACAGAUCUGAGAGUCCUGAAACAGGUAUUAAAUUACAAGUGACUUCUUUUUAUCAGAAACCAAACUGUGGAACUUAAUUUAGAAAACGUACUGGAUGAAGACCUUCUCCUCACACACACUGCCUUGUAUUUCCAUAUCAUAGCAUAGACUUAAAGGGAGGAAAACAAAAGUGUAGACUUCAAAGCACCUUUUCCUUCAGUUUGUGUCUGUCUUGAGCAUUGCUUUUAAUCCUUUUUCCAUUCUCAGCAUUCUGUGACCCUUCCCAGUCUCACCCUCUUCACAGUGAAGAGGCUUUGAGUGAUUUAUUACCUGUAUAAUGACACUUGUACUCACCAGUCAGUGUGUUGUGUUUGAAAGCUGAAAGUCACUACAGGCCUUUCUCCUGGAUUCAUGUCUAUCACAAUGGAAAAUGCCACUUAAUAAAAUCUUCUUUCUCUGAAGUGUGGGAAGAAGGAUGAAUUA